UAAUUUAACAAGCGUUUCUUCGCUGUUUUCAGGAUGGCUGUCCACCCGCCAGGUGCUGUGGAUCAUGGUGUUCGUCGGCUUUGCCGUCAACUACAUGGUCCGGAUCAACAUGAACAUCGCCCUGGUCGCCAUGGUGUUACCCCCGGUCCGCAGACUGUCCGCUGACGUCCUCCUGAACGGCUCGCAGCCGGAGCCCGCGGGCACGCAGUGCAUCGCUCCGAGCCUGUCGCCCGCCCUCGCGCUGUUCCUCAACGAGUCCGCCACCGAGGAGGACCAGGCGCUGAUGGACCAGCCGCAGGCGGACGAGCCGUCCGGGAUGCACCUGGAGGCUCGCCUGGAGGCACCGCAGCGCUUCGACUGGAACGAGCACGAGCAGGGCAUGGUGCUGGGGGCCUUCUUCUGGCUGUACUGGUCCACGCAGGUGCCGGGCGGGGUGCUGGCGCAGCGCUACGGCACCAAGCUCGUGUUCGGCCUGGGCAACCUGGUGCCGGCCCUGCUGGCCUUCGCCAUCCCGGCCGCCGCCCGGACGCACUACGGCGCGCUGCUCUUCAUCCGCCUGGCGCAGGGCUGCAUCUCCGGCUUGACGUGGCCUGCCAUGCACGACAUGACCGCCAAGUGGAUCCCACCCAACGAGCGGAGCCGGUUCGUCACCGCAUACCUCGGUGAGCCAGCGACCAGUCCCCACAUUUGCAUCUUCUGUAAUACGUCAUUUUUUGGUGGUGGAAUUUUUUUUCUCACCACCAUCGUUUUCGAGAUUAGAGGGCGUUUUCUUUAGACGCAGUGAUGUAGU